AUGUCCCGUACACUUAUCACGCAGCAUCUAUCAACGCAAAACCCACCGGACCCUUCGAAUCCUACAGCUAUACCUACUUCAUUAUCGUUGUCAAUCCCAUUCUUCUCCCGUUCAUCCUCAUCUUCUCAAACAUACUCGACAGAUCUCGAUACUUCCUCCUCAUCAUAUUCAGAUAUAUCACCUGGUCUAGGUAUAGGUAUCAACCCUAAUUACCUUUAUAACCCACAGGCUUCUUCCCGAGAUCUUAGAAAAUCAACUUCAUCUUCAAGCUCUAGAUCAUCUAUUCGACCAGGACUGAAGAAAAUGCCAAGUUGGAAUAAUCAAACGUGGUCACCCAGAACCUCUCAGGAUGUAUACAUUCGACGUGCUUCCGAACAGAGUGAAUUGUCUUCUCCUACAGAUGGGGAAUUUGUCUUUGACAGUGGGGCUAGUGGACAUGGGAGAAGGAAAAGUUUGAUUAAUAUUGAUUUCGGAACAUGGAGUAAGAAACCUAAAAUUAUAUUUUCGGGUAAAAGAAAAUCACUUUCAAUAUCCAAACUCAAAUUGAAAUCGACUCCCACCACGACAAACUCGACUCCGAACUCGGUGGAGAAAUCAACACCGUUCAAGGAUGAAUCAGUCGCAGUCAAAACUCCUCGUACGGAUCAAGGUAUUCCAGAUAUCACUUUCAGUCCUCUCCAGCGAGUUUGGGCAAGGACCGACCAACAUGAACAAGAAGAUCUCGUAGAUCGUACUGAGCGUUAUCGCCGAGGAUCCGAUUGGCCUCCUACUCAUUCGAGGGCAAUGUGUUUGGACCUAAGCGGAAUACCCACUUUUACAGGUGAAUAUGAUCAGAGCGAAGGAAGUGACCUGCUUCAACGAUUCUCCAAAUUCAGCUUUGAGGACACCGAAAAACAGGACCAAAUAAAUCAGAUUUCUUCAGUAGUCCAGCUGGAGGUAGAAGACAGAAGAGUAGAUACACCGUUGGAAAUGCCUGUGAGGCCUAGAUUGAAUUUACGUUUGAGGAAAUCACAUUCUUCUUCUAUACUUUCGCCUGUUUUAGAUACCGAGGAAGAGGAAGAGGAGGAGAAAGAGGAAGAAAAGGCUCGGUACACAUCUGGAUCUGGUCUAAGCGACAACAAGCUAGAGAAAGAACAGUCAAUUGAUGAUCGGGUGGACUCUCAAGCAGGAGUAGAAAAGGAAGCGCAAGGGCAGGAGCUACAGCAAGAGCAAGAAGAAGAAUAUUUCACACCAUGUCUCAUCCCUUCUUCAUCAUUCGUCAGUGUCAAGACCAAUUAUCCUAUCAAAUCCAACGAUACAGUUCAAACUAGUACGGGGUCAGUAGAAGAAUCUCCAACAUUCGACAUAUCGAUCUUCUCCCCUCGACCUGCAUUGCCCAACGCACCCGUCCUAAAAGGUAUAAUAGACAUAUUGCCCAUCUCACCUCUUGAACUACCCUCAAGCUCAAGCAUAAACUCUUUCGGAUCUUUCAGAGAUAUAGCUUUAUCGUUUCCUACACCGGUUCUAUCUAAAGAUCCACCUGGCUCACCCAUCGUCAUGCCUAUACCACGAAAGGGAAUAUCAUCAAUACCUCAUCAAUCUAUCGAAUCUGUCCUUAACCCUUAUCCUUGUAGUACCAUCAAUCGAAGAUCUUCUUUAACCGAUCGAAGACCCACUAGACCAUCCACUACGAUCGAAGGUAUACCAACAACUCGAAGAAGGAUGUCUCUGAUAUUGAAACCAGCGAUCUUACCUUGCCCUACCCCUCCUUCACUUCUUACUUCCCCCAAAACACUGGGAAGUGAAUAUAUCCCACCUCUCUUCUCACCCAGCUCUACAAGCCCCACUUCAUCAUUGUUUGUCACUACCACGAUUGGAAUAGGAGGAUUACCAAAUAGGAGAGGAAGAGGUAGUCUGAAACUGAAACUGCCUCCUUCACAUUUCGCCAAUUCCACUGGACUAGGUUUCGGGCCUGAGAAAGAUGAAAAGGAGGAGGAGAAGGAAGAACAUGUACCGACACCUGGUACUUUCGGGUUGGAAGGUGAGAAAGAAAGAUUUGGGAGUGAAAGAGUGGAGGGAGUUAAUCCCUAUUUUGCUUAA